GAGCAGAUCUCGCCGUGUUUUUUUUAAGGGAUGAAAGCGCCAGCAUGAGAUGGGCUGUUCCGGGCUUUAAAAAAAAAAAAGGAGAAAGGAUUUUAAUUUUUGUCAAGUAAAAACGAAAAAAAAAAGAGACUUAUUUUCAUUGCAUCGGGAGUUUGGGGAGUGUCGCGCAUGUGGACGAGAGGCUGGGUGUCUCUGUGUGUGUGUGAGCGACGCUUGCUCGGAGUUUCAGUUCAACUGAUGUGUUUUUUUUUUCCCCCUGCUGCUGCUACAAGAGGCUGCUUUGUGAAGCCAGGGCGACGGAAGAGAAGUGCUCUUGGGCUGCAGCUCAGACAUAAACGGAUCUGGAUACACGGGGAGAGAGAAGCAGACACUGUAUCGGCGCUGCGCCCAGACUUGUAGCCGGUGGCCGACUGGGGAGCAGGACUGCUGGGGGACACCGGGCUCCGUGUCGGCGCUAGGGCUCUGAACUUGGAGCCCUUCCUCUGAAGUGGUCUUGCCUGGACUUUGGAGAGGAUUAAUUCAAGCUUGUAUUUUUUUUUUCAUCUCGUUUCCCUCCCCCCUCUCUGUGCGACGAUCGUGAGAUCGAUGGGAUAGAUGUAUAUCCACAAAACGGCAAAAAAAAACAACAACAAACAACAACAACAAACACGCACACACGCUGGAUCGAUCUCGUAGCCUGUGAUCAUUUAAAAAUAUUUUUUCUAGGUGGGGGAAAAAAAAAGUAUCGCUGUGUUCCGUGCGUGUCGGAUUUCGUGGUGUUUGAAAAUGAUUUCUGCACACCCCACGUAGUUACGACUCGCUGGUACCUGCUGAAAGUUGGUACUGACGUGAUGUUUUGUAAGAUAACUUGUUAUUUUUAGCAUCUGGGGAGAGCUUUGUAAGCUUUCCUUAUUCUGAUUGUGGUGGUUGUUUUUUUCUGGUGGUUCCACUGGGAGAAAAGGAACGGACACGAUUUUUUUUUGUAUUUUUUUUUUUUAAAUCUGCUAAAACAUGGGAUCUUUGAAGGCACUUCAGGAGUGGUGUCGCAUACAGUGCGAAGGUUACCCCGGCGUGGAAGUCAGAAACAUGACCUCGUCCUUCCGAGACGGGAUGGCUUUCUGUGCCAUAAUUCACAAGCACCGACCCGACUUGAUGUGGAGGACUGAUGGGAAGAGACGGGCUGUCACCUUAAUCCGCUGGCAGGCCUCCAGCCCGUCGCUGUGGAUUAAGAUCUCCCGCAGCCAGUCCAGCACGGGGCAGCAGCUCUGCCAGCUGAGCGACGAGGGUGGAAUGAAGGAUCUGAUCCUCUCUCUUCCCUCUGUCCAGGCGUUCGAGGUGGCGGAGUCGGAGCUGGGCAUCCCUGCUCUGCUGGACCCCGAGGACAUGGUGUCCAUGAAAGUGCCCGACCGCCUCAGCAUCAUCACAUACAUCUCCCAGUACUACAACUACUUCACCAGCAAGAGCCACGGUACUGUCCAGUGUCACUCCGGUACAGUUAGCGAUCCCUUUGUGGAGACCAUCUGGAGUCACUCGGGUACAGUCGGCAAUCUCCUUGCUGAGACGGUCCGGUGUCACUCUGGUACAGUUAGCGAUCCCCUUGCGGAGACCGUCUGGAGUCACUCCGGUACAGUUGCCGAUCCCCUUGCGGAGACGGUCCGGAGUCACUCCGGUACAAUCGGCGAUCCCCGUGCACAGACGGUCCAGAGUGACUCCAGCACACGGGCCCCGUUGCCAAAUUCUGCCCUGCAGUGGACGGUGCAGAUCGCUGGCGUCUCUCCAGCUUGCGUCAGUUCCAGACCCAGACCCAGAGUCAGAGUCUGCGCGGCUGACCCCCCCCCUCCUCCUCCUCCUCCUCCUCUCUCCCUCCCCGUCUCUCUGCAGGCUGCGCAGCCGGGGGCAGACGACCAAUCGAAACGCAGCACCAUGAGCAGCACCUGCGCAGCCUGCCAGAAGCACGUCCACCUGGUGCAGAGGUACCUGGCCGACGGCCGGCUGUACCACCGCAACUGCUUCAGGUGCAGGCAGUGCAGCAGCACCCUGCUGCCUGGGUCCUACCGAGCGGGCAGCGAGGAAGGGUCCCUCGUCUGUUCGCACCACUUCGGGAAGCCCCCAGCCAAUCAGAACGGCCGGCCGGACCUCAGCAAGGGCGGGCGAGGGGGCGGGACGAUGACGGCGACGCCCAGGGGAGGGGCCAGACCUGAGACCCCGCCUUCUGGGAGGGGCCAAGCACAGACUCUCCCCGUGGGUGGGCUGCCCGAGAGGGUGCCUGUGCUGGAUACAAGGGAGAGUUCGGGAUCGCAGGACAAGGAAAAAGGGGGGGAGGUGGAGGGGAAGGAGAAGGACAAAGAGGCAGAGAGCAAACCCCAACCCGCCGUGCCCCCGAAUCCCUUCGAGGAGAGCGAGGACGAAGGAGAGCAGACGGAGAAAGGC